AUGUACUCGACCUUGACCAUUCUUUCUGGUCUCUUGGCCUUCAUCACUUUCAGCACCACCGUGACUGCCCACGGAUUCGUCCAAGGCAUCGUCACCAACAACCACUGGUACCCCGGCGCCCAACCCUGGUGGCGCGUCAACCCCAGCAUCCCCCAUGCCAAAUCCGCCGGCUGGUCGUCUCUAAAUCAGGAUCUUGGAUUCAUUUCUCCUUCCGAGUACAACACUGCAGACAUUGCUUGCCACAAGAGUGCCAAGUCCACAAACACACGUAUCCCCGUCAAGGCUGGCGAUAAAGUCAAGCUGCUUUGGAGCGAGUGGCCUUCUAGCCACAAGGGGCCGGUCAUCACGUAUCUCGCCAAGUGUCCUGGUGAUUGCAGUAUCGUCAACCCGACUACUCUUGACUGGUUCAAGAUUGAUCAGGCGGGGUUGAUUAAUGGAAAUCCUGCACCUGNNGGUAAGCAUUCUUUGUCUCUUCUGUGUUUUAACAUCAAAAGUACUGACUCAUAUCACAGCACAUGGGCCACCGACACCCUAAUCGCCAACAACAACUCCUGGACCAUCACCAUUCCCUCUUCUCUAGUUCAAGGCUCUUACGUCCUGCGCCACGAGAUCAUCGCUUUGCACAGUGCAGACCACGACAACGGCGCCCAAAACUACCCCAACUGCAUCAAUUUCCAAAUCUCCGGCAAAGGCACUGCCAAACCUGCUGGUGUGAAAGCUACAAAGCUAUAUACUGCCAAGGACAAGGGCAUUGCGGUUAGUAUCUAUUGGCCUGUGUUGAAGAGUUAUACUAUCCCUGGACCGACCUUGUGGAAGGGAGCUGUGAAGAGGUGGGUAGAGAGGAUUUUCGAGGCCUGA